AUGGCCGCUACCGCGAAAGCAAUUGUGGUUGCUCCCGAUGCGGAGACCAUCAUCAUUGCUGAUGCUCCAAUACUCCAGCUUCGCGACGAGUAUAUGGUUGUCAAAGUUCAUUCCGUGGCACUCAAUCCUGCAGACUGGAAGCGCGUCGUGUGGGACAACCUUGACCCUGGAACUAAGAUAGGAUGCGAUUAUUCGGGAGUUGUCGAGAAGGUCGGGGCCAACGUCUCUAACUUUAAGCAAGGUGACAGGGUCGCCGGCUUUGUUCAUGGCGGUGAUCAAACUAAUCACAAUAAUGGCGCAUUUGGUGAUUAUAUCGAAGUCAAGGCGGCUUUGCAAAUCAAGAUUCCAGAUAGCCUGACUUUUGGGCAGGCUGCAACCCUUGGUGUUGGCAUCGUUACUUGCGUGAGUGAUUACCAACGACACUCGGCCGAGGCAUUCAUUAAUAUAUCGCUACAGGGCCAAGGUCUUUACCAGUCGCUCAAGCUUCCCCUCCCCGGAUCUCCCGCCAAGGAAUCAUUCCCGAUUCUCGUCUAUGGCGGCAGCACUGCGACCGGAGUGCUUGGGAUCCAGUAUGCCAAAGCUUCGGGCCUCACCGUCAUCACGACGGCCUCUCCAUCAAACUUUGAGUAUCUUAAAUCUCUGGGUGCAGACGCUGUCUUCGAUUAUCGGUCACCAACCUGUGGUGCUGAUAUCAGGGCCUUCACAAAGAACAAGCUGAAAUACGCCUGGGACCUCUCCAACGGCGAGCUCAUCUGCACCGCCGCCCUCACCGACGCCGAGCCCAGUGUGUAUGGAGUCACAAACAUGCCGCAAACAGAAAUAUCAACGCUCAACCCCAAGGUUACCGGGCCCUUGAUGACUACCGCCUAUGACGCUACGGGCGAAGACUCUAUGCUCAUGGGGCAGAAGGUACCUGGGAAGAAGGACGGGCUGCAGUUCGCAUCUAUGUUUUUUGAGUUGACUCGCAAGUUGCUCGAGGAUGGCGUGGUCGUCCCGAUUAAGCCUACUGUUAAUAGUACCGGAAGUGGGCUUGAGGGUGUUAUCAAGGGUUUUGAGGUGCUCAAGGCUGGGAAGAUCAGUGCUACUAAGCUGGUGUAUACACUCUAA